UCCUCGCACAACAGCCUGAACACACCACUCAUCAUGAGCGUCCGGACCGUCUCUCUCAAGCCUUUUGCCGACCAGAAGCCCGGAACCUCUGGCCUGCGCAAGAAGGUCAAGGUCUUCCAGCAGGAGAACUACUCCGAGGCCUUCGUUGCCAGCACGCUCCUCUCCAUCCCGGAAGGCGUUGAAGGGUCUGCCCUCGUCAUCGGCGGCGAUGGACGGUACUGGAACCCAGAAGUCACACAAUUGAUCGCCAAGAUCGGCGCAGCAUAUGGCGUCAAGAAGCUCAUCAUCGGCCAAAACGGCAUUCUCAGCACACCUGCGGCCAGCAAUGUCAUCAGGAUACGGAAGGCAACCGGCGGCAUCCUCCUGACUGCCAGCCACAACCCCGGAGGCCCCAACGAGGACUUUGGUAUCAAGUAUAACCUCUCCAAUGGCGCCCCGGCUCCCGAGAGCGUUACGAACAAGAUCUUCGAGACGUCCAAGAACCUCACUUCGUACAAGAUUGCCGACAUCCCAGACGUCGACCUGACGACCAUUGGCACCAACACCUAUGGCCCGCUGGAGGUCGAGAUUAUCCACUCGACGAAGGACUACCUUGACAUGCUCAAGAACAUCUUCGACUUUGACCUCAUCAAGAAGUUCAUCAAAGAUCACCCCGACUUCAAAGUGCUGUUUGACGGCCUGAGCGGCGUGACUGGCUCCUAUGGCGUUGAUAUCUUUGAGAAGGAGCUUGGGAUCCCGAACAGCACCCAGAACGCUGUUCCCAAGCCAGACUUCGGCGGACACCACCCAGACCCAAACUUGGUCUAUGCCAAGUCCCUGGUCGAUGCUGUUGACAAGAACGGCAUCCAUUUCGGUGCCGCCAGCGACGGUGACGGCGACCGGAACAUGAUCUAUGGCGCAAAGACUUUCGUGUCCCCCGGAGACAGUUUGGCCAUUAUCGCACAUCACGCAGAGCUCAUCCCCUGGUUCAAGAAGCAAGGCAUCUACGGACUCGCGCGAAGCAUGCCGACAUCCGGCGCCGUCGACCUCGUUGCAAAGAAGAAGGGCGUUCAGUGCUACGAGGUGCCCACGGGCUGGAAGUUCUUCUGCGGCCUCUUCGAUGCCGACAAGAUGAAUAUCUGCGGUGAAGAGAGCUUCGGCACUGGCAGCAACCACAUCCGCGAGAAGGACGGAUUGUGGGCUAUUGUUGCCUGGCUCAACAUUUUGGCUGGUGUCGGUGAGCAGACUGGCACCACGCCCAGUAUUGCGUCCAUCCAGAAGGACUUCUGGAAGACAUACGGACGCACCUUCUUCACCCGCUUCGACUACGAAGGGUGCGAGAGCGAGGGCGCCAACAAGGUCGUCGCGCACAUGAAGGAACUCAUCACCACAAAGAAGGACGAUUUCGUCGGCUCGACUGUCUCCGGCCGCAAGGUCCUCGAGGCGGACGACUUUUCCUACACUGAUCUUGAUGGUAGUGUCUCCAAGAACCAGGGUAUCUACGUCAAGUUCGACGACGGCAGCCGCAUCGUUGUCCGUCUGUCCGGUACCGGUAGCAGCGGCGCUACCAUACGUCUCUACAUCGAGAAGCAUGAGUCGGACGAGUCCACGUACGAUCUAGAUGCCCAGGACUACCUGAAGGAUAACAUCGCGCUUGCGACUAGUCUGUUGAAGCUGCAGGAGUACAUUGGCCGCACUGAACCGGAUGUGAAGACAUAAAAGGGUAGAAAUCGUGGCAUUACAGGGGAUGGGUUAUACCAACAGGUUGGACAUAGGAUAACGAGACACGACAAACAGUAGAUUAUCGAAGCGAUAUCGGAGACAGUAUGGAAAAGCCAG